GGAGUGGAAAUCCUGUCAGACGACGUGCCUCAAGGGGGGAUCAGCAUCCGCGCUGUACGAUAAGGAUCCGAGCUGGAAGCUUUACUUCCAAGACGAGCCGGCCGAGUUCGAGCGGCCAACGUUCUGGCAAGCGUCGCCCAAUGGUGACGACCAACACCCCACGGUGCAGUUUCACUUCAAGCAGGAGACAUUCAUCUCACGAGUGGUCGUGCAUCCAGUGGCGGUCGGGGAGCAUUCCGAUAGUUGGUGUACUCACCGUGUCUGGCGAGCGCUCUAUCUCGGCCAUGACCAGGUGCCCGACGGUGCGUCCACCUGGCAUCGCACCGGCGUGCCAGACAAGCGAGCACAGCUCAACAUCGGCAUGGUGCCCGGAGCGGACGCAUGCACGCAAGAUACGCUGAACGCGAAAACCGCAAACACGCAAGUUUACUGCACGAAGGUACCCGUGGCCAAUUUAUUAAAUGCUCACUAUCUACUUCGAACGGCUGGCGAGCCUGUGAGUCCAGGCAGAGAGAAGAGAAGGGUAGGCAAUUUGAUAGGUAUGCGAGGGCCGGGCUCCUCAUCCUCAAUGCCCUACUGAUAUGCAUUUGCUUGGCGAAAAAUUGGGCAAGCGCCCCGCCUCGGCUAAACGCCGCCCGACUCGAUCGCGCGAUCGAAAUUUUCCCCACCCUCCCGCCCUGGAGUGGUAUCAGGAUCGUGCAUAUUCGCUGGCAGGCUUUGCCUACCCUCUUCCCCAUUGAAGGAAUAUGAAAUAAGCAGCUAGCAAUACAUGGUAUAGGAGCGUCAGUUUCUGCAUCAGUCUCUUCAGCGCCAGCUCGUUCUCACUCUCUAGCGAAUCAGUUUUCCCUUUCGUACUGCACAAAGGUCCCGAGGGGAGGGAGCAACGACCGCACCUGCUACACAGACGAGUUCGGGUUCUCGGACAAGGCCAGGAAUACAGGGGAGCCGCGCGUAACGGGAUGGUAUCGCCGACUGGCGGUGGGCCCUGAGUAUAUCAAUGUGCGACGCAUGAGGUUUGAGUGUGACCCGGUGAGCGUCCACGGAAGGUCGCUCGUGAUUGAGUGGCCUUGGUGGGGGCAUCUUCCGUAUUUCUUUGCUCUGCGCCACGUCGAGAUCCACGGCUACACCACAACCAGCACCACCACAGCCUGUCCGCUCCGGGCGGGUGCGGCGGUCGCGGUGCGUCGGGUUCUCAGGAAGGGAAACAACGCAACUGAUGCGCUUUGCCGAAUCGCGGCGGGCCCCGGGGUGAGCGAGACAGCCAGCGUCCGCUGUUGCCCUGACAUUUCGCCGCAACAGAUGAUUACCAUGACCAACUAUCUCUGGGGAGCCAGCUGUGACGUGACGACAAACCUCGCGUACUGCGCGGCGGCGGACUUUUGCGGAGAGGCGCGGGUCCUGAUGGAGGACGGCAGUCCCGAAAUCAGCUCGCGUUUGUGCGCAACCUCCAGCGAGCUGCAGAGGCAAGAGGGUACGGGAUGCGCGCUCGAUUGGGAGUAUCUGUGGACGAGAGAGGAAUGCUUCCUGUGCACGUGCGAAAACGGAGUCGCGGCGCCCUCCAUGGCAGCCGGGUGUCCGGCGAGCGGUGGAAACGUCUGCCUGGAGUGCGAAAACGGGUACACCCUCAAAGGAAACGAGUGCGCGCUCAAGGAAUGUACCUGCCCCCACGGAGAACCCUCCGAACCGCACGAGUGCCCAGGAGACGGCGUGGAGCACUGCAUAGCCUGCGAUACAACGGGUUAUUAUUUGGAAGACAACAAGUGCGCGCUCAAGAAAUGUACCUGCCCCGGCGACGGAGUCGGAGAACCCGCAACCGGCACCUUAUCAGAUGUGAAGACAGCUGCAUCCCCCUGCCGAACUCCACCUCGUUGUAGUGCAACCCAUAGCACAACAAAUACAAAUGAUAGAAAACCAAAUUGUAACGCACUUAUGUGAACAACAAAUAAAAAAUGCAGCGACAUGAUGAAAGCAGUACGAAAAUUAGAAAAAUAGAGAGCUUGAUUAGUAUCUGUAUGACCACAAGUCCGCGAGGCAUGAAUGUUGUGUUUGGCAUAUUUAUUAGUGUGAGCGGUCGUGUUGCCUACGAGAAUCGAGGAGAGAGGGAUUGUCUCUCACCUAAUACCGGAGUUGCCCGAGUCACAAUACGGAAGCCUGUGCGUCG